CUGAAAUUUCGGUAGAGAGAGAGAAAGAGAGAGAAAUUUUUUAUUACACAAAAAAUGCUUAAAUUCGAUAAUUUGGUAUUGUUAGCAUUCUUGUCUUUGGUAGUGGUGUCAUCAUGGCUACCAAUUUCACAGUGUGCAAAGAAGCCAGUUGGUGUGGCAAGAAAAGAAGAUAUUCCAUAUAUUAAAUGCCAGGUCUGUGAGAAGCUGGCAUAUCAGCUAUACCACCAAGUUCAGAGCAAACAAGCUGAGAUCUCACCCAAGAAGAUCUCAGAGUAUCAGAUAAUAGAGAUUUCAGAGAAUCUUUGUAAUCUAAAGAAGCAGGAAGCUGAUUGGAUUCUCAAAAUUGAUAUUGUAGAACAAGGAGAUAAAUUGGAGCUUGUGGAUCAAGAUGCAGAAGGACAAUGUAAUUCAGAAUGCAAAACUAUUGAAAAAGCUUGCCAAGAGGUUAUGGGCUUCUCUGACACUGAUGUGGCAGAAUAUUUGUACACACACAAGCCCAAGCUUGAUUCUCUGGCUAAUUUCCUUUGCAAAGACAUUACCAACGUAUGUAGUAGGAAACCACCACCAGUCCCCAAGGAUAGAACACCGGGGGAACCAUUUGUUCCAAAAUCCUCAAAAGAGGCAGAAAUGGAGAAGCUAUUGAGAUCCAUGGAGGGUAUGCCGGGAGCACCUGGCAUGAAAAUGUACUCCAGGGAAGAUCUGAUGAACCAAAACUUCGGGGGGGAUGAAGAUGCAGACGAAGAUGAUGAGGAUGAGGCUGACUUCCCAAAAAAUUUGGGUAAAGUUCUUAAAGGAAAAGAAACUACGGAGACGGAUUGGAAGCAGAGGAUUACCAAAGGAAUUAAAGAUGCAACCAAGACUGUGAAGGAACAUAGUACCAGAUUGUCUUACAGAUUAAGGAAGUGGUUGAAAUCAAAGAAGGAACAAUUACAGAAGCCCAAGUCCAGCAAAGCUGAACUCUAGUGGCCAACAAUUGAUGAUGGAAUGUGUGAGAUUGGUAGUAGUUAGUGAAGGCUUUUCUCAUUUCUCCUUUCCUAUUUGUAACUUUUGAUUUUGAUAGCAAUUCAAUUAACACUGCCCAUAUAGGAACUGCAUGUUUUUUUUGGCUCAACACGAAAAUAUAUAAAGUGGGAGCACCCUUAGCUUUUUACA